AUGAGGGCUCGGACCUACUGCUGUUGCGCCGUGCCCAUGUGUGAGUCUGGCGACGACUGCGUAAGCUCCCGUGAGGGUGCUCAUUUCUGCCUCGACCCUCUUCACCCACAGACAAUACGGGGAUCUACACCAUCAUCGCCCAGUUCGCCGUCAUCUCGCUCGUCACCGGGAUCCUCUCCCUCGCCGCUCCCAAAAGUUCGUCGGGAGGCCGCGCCCAACUGCAUAGCGCAGUAGUCAGUUGUUGACAUACCCUGUGGUCUUUGAUCUCGCCCACAGUCGUCUCUGUAGCGGUUCCGUCGUUUGGAGGCUACAUCCUUGGCGCGUGCUGCAUCCUCGUCGCCCUGAUCCAGGUCUUUGGCUUCUUUGGCGUCUACCGCGAACGACCGUCGCUCUACCGCCAAUACGCGCUGUGGAACAUGCUCGCCGUCCUGCUCGCUUUGGGCGUCGCACUGGCGUUCAUCAUCCUCUCUUGCGUGCGCCACUCGACCGCAUUGGCCUCGUGUGAGGGCUUGUUCGCGACGGCGACGACGACGGUCGCGCAGAAUUCGGCGGUGUGCAACAUUUGGAUGUGGGUCCAGGUCGGGUUGAUGGGCCUCUUGUGGAUCAUUGUCGCGAUUGCCGAAGUGCGUGCUUUCCGGACGCUUUGUACCUCUGGAUUUCUUACCUCCUCACGAAGAGCCGUCGAGGCUAACGGGCAACCUUCUUGGAGUUUCGAUAGGUUUACUUUGUCAUGCUCUCGUACGGGUACGCCAAGAGUCAACGCCUGGACCAGUGAGUUUGAUGUAGAAGCGGGCAGAUGAACUUACCACCUGAACCGAAUCAUUGACCUACUACUUCGUCCUUACAGUGCCAAAUACGACAGCGUAUUCGAAACCGUCCGUGAAGAGAUCCGUCAAUCGGGGAUCUACUCGACCGAUCGACCGUCAACGGUCGGCUCGUUGGAACCACUCGUCAGCUCGACGCAUCCGCAACCGUACGCGGCCGCACCCCAUCACGGGCGGCAGAAUUCCGGGUUGAGGCACGAGAUUGAUAUGGACCACGAGGACAAGAUGCAGAGUCCUGGAUCGUACUUGCACCCUUCACCCUUGGGGUACGAACUUGACGGUGGCGUGUAUUCGCACGGCGAGGGGUAUGUGGAGGCCCAACCGUACGGAUCGCUUUGGGAGCCGACGAAUGGAGGGGCUUAUCAGGAUGAGUAUCAGCAUGGUGGGGGGUACGCGGGGCAUGGGUACGCCGCGAGUGCUGUUUCCGGAUACCAGGACGCGAGUUUGCCCAAGCAAAGGAACGGGCCGAACGUCCUGCAUGGGAGGAGGUAUUGA